AAAGAGCAAGCCGGGUUUGCGUUUGUUCUUCGACCUACACACAUUACCGAAAGGACGUAGCCUACGGUGCACUAGUAAACGGAUAAAGCUCUAUUCAUCUGCAAGCUCAACAGUGUGCGAGUUAAAGGCAACCACAGGCCAGUGGGAUAGACUGGACUUAUUGUACAAGUCUGCUCUGUGGUGCACUUCACUUAGAUUGAUCGGCUACGUUGUAAGAAUUGAUUAGCCUCUUUUCAAGUACACUUAGCCUACCCAGGACCAGGUUAUAUCGCAAUUGCAGUAGACAACUUUUCAUCGCCGACAGACAAUUCAUUGAAGCGUCCGCUGUAGACGACACCAUACCGCCAUCAUGCCCAGUAUGCGACAGUCAUACACGGUUACUGUUCCCGAGGAGGCUCCGGCCACUGCGUUCCCAUUCAUGAAACAAGACCUGCGGCGGAAAAGCCCUCCAAUGUCGCGAUCCAUGUUGGUGUCAACAUUUGUGGGUCUCCUUAUCAAUCAAGCCAAGAACAAGACUCCACAGGGCCUGGUGGGACUUCGUAACCUCGGCAACACCUGUUUCAUGAACUCCAUCCUGCAGUGCCUGAGCAACACCCCUGAGCUGAGAGACUACUGUCUGAGGGGCUGCCACCGCUCUGACCUCAGCCCCUCCUGCCAGGCCAAAGCUGCCCUCAUGGAGGAGUUUGCCAAGCUCACUCAGUCUCUCUGGUCCUCCGUCUCCACGGAGCCCAUCAGUCCGUCAGACUUCCGGACCCAGAUCCAGAGACACGCCCCCAAGUUUGUGGGCUACAAUCAGCAGGAUGCCCAGGAGUUCCUGAGGUUCCUAUUGGACGGGCUCCAUAACGAGGUGAACAGAGUGAGGCUAAGGACGAGGGUUCCUAUGGAGGACAUUGACCACCUCUCGGACAGUGAGAAGGGGAUGAGGAUGUGGAGCAGAUACCUGGAACGAGAAGACAGCAAGGUGGUGGAUCUGUUUGUGGGGCAGCUGAAGAGCUCUCUGACCUGUAGUCACUGUGGCUACUGUUCCACGGUGUUUGAACCCUUCUGGGAUCUGUCACUGCCUGUCGCUAAGAAGAGCAUGGGGGAGGUGAAUGUGAUGGACUGCAUGCGUCUCUUUACUAGAGAGGACGUGUUGGAUGGAGAUGAGAAACCGACCUGCUGCCGCUGUAAAACCAGGAGGAAAUGCACCAAGAAGUUCACCAUCCAGAAGUUUCCUCAGAUCCUUGUGCUUCACCUCAAACGCUUCUCAGAGUCUUGCGUCAGAACCAGCAAACUCUCGACCUUCGUCAACUUCCCUCUCAAAGACCUGGACCUCAGGGAGUUCUCCUGGGAUGGCAGUGCUAAUGCAGUGUACAACCUCUAUGCCGUGUCCAACCACUCAGGGACCACUCUGGGGGGCCAUUACACUGCCUACUGCAGAAACCCUGUCCUGGGGGAGUGGUACAACUACAACGACACAAGAGUGAGUCCCAUGUCGUCUAGUCAAGUGCCCAGCAGUGACGCUUACGUGCUGUUCUACGAACUCUCCUCGUCCUCACACCUGUGAGCAACCCAGGCCGCUGACUGGCCGUAAGGGCUGGUCUUAUAGACUCGUCUUAUAGACUGCCCAUACAGACUGGUCUUAUAGACUUCACAGAGCCUGCAGGCCGACCAUACAGACUAAUGGCAUGGAUAUACAACAGAUCAAAUGGACUCGACACAAACGUGUGUGUGUGUGCGCGCAUCAGAAAGACUUUGUUUUACAUGUGUCUCUUGCUUAAUGCACUUUGACGAGGGCAUGUCCACCGCACACUGGAGAAUGUGUUUUCAGUUGGUGUCUAAACAUACAGAAAUAUGUUGUAACAGAUUAUACUGAAUUCCGUACUCUUAAUAGUAUCGGCGACGUCUGAGUAUGGCGCCAUCUAGUGGUGGAAGUGUGUAACUCCAUAGAGCUGUUUGUGGUGGUCUAUGUUUUCUCCUCCAUGCUAUCACGUAGAGGCAUGGAGAGACCUUCUGAACAAAUGAUGAUGUCAUAGCUAAAUUGAGAGAAUGUCUUUUAACUAAAUAUGUUUUAUUUUUGUAUUUAUGGAGAAUGUGGCUGCACUGAAGUACUAAUGAUAUAAAAAGUUUCUCUGUUUUCGGAGAGAAUUAAUAUAAUGCAGAAAAGACUACUUGAAGUAACCGCUGAAGAACAAAUGACAGUACAUUGAAUGUUUUUGAAAAGUUACAUAACUUUAAAUUAAUAAACCAGAACAUAAAUUAAUAAACCAGAAAAAAAAAAGAUUUU